AUGGCGUCUUCACGGCGGGACUACGUGUCCGACAAGGCGACGGUCAAGGACUUUGUGCUCAACUUUCGACCGGCAACGGCGCAGCCGAGCGACCCGCCACACUACAUGGCGGUGCUGCAAGCGGUGGCGAACAGGGAGACCCGCGAGGUCAAUGUCUCGUUGGAGGAUCUGAUGGAGUUCACGGGUGGAAACACCGGGCUGGCGGAUGCAGUGGCGCACAACACCGCCCGGUACCUCACUCUCUUCCAGGAGGCCAUCGACGAGGUGUUGCCGGAGCCGACGGCUAAUGUGGAGGACGCCGACAUUGUGGAUGUGCUCAUGCAUCAGCGGCGGGAGCGGGCAAACGCAGCUGGCGGGAGCGCGGCUGGCGGGGCCGGCGGUGGAGCUGGUGGAGCUGGUGGCGACGACGGCGCCGGGCCGUCUGUACCCGAGUUUCCGCCAGCGAUGCGGCGGAGGUACGAGCUGCGGUUCAUCCCGCCGUCCAAGAAGGAGGUAAUGGGGAUCCGCGAGGCCGGGGCGGAGCAGAUCGGGUCACUCAUCACGCUCUCUGGGGUGGUGACGCGGAUCACCGAGGUUAAGCCGCUCAUCCAGGUGGCGACGUACACGUGCGACGUGUGCGGGUUUGAGAUUUACCAGGAGGUGACCGGGCGGACGUUUAUGCCUGUGGCACAGUGCCCUUCGGAGCGGUGUCGGGCAAACAACACGCGCGGCAAGCUGUACAUGCAAACGCGCGGGUCCAAGUUUGUCAAGUUCCAGGAGAUGCGGCUGCAGGAGCUGUCGUCGCAGGUGCCUGUGGGCCAUGUCCCGCGGUCGAUCACCAUCCACCUCAAGGGCUCGCUCACGCGUGUUGCGACGGCGGGCGACACGGUCGAGGUCACCGGCAUCUUCCUCCCGAUCUCGUACACCGGGUUCCGGCAGAUCCGAGCCGGGCUUGUGGCUGACACGUUUUCGUACGCCGAGACGGCCAAGGACGCCGUGUCUGACGACGCGGUGGCGACGCUUGCGGCCGACUCUGCGGUGUACUCCAAGCUGGCCAAGUCGAUUGCACCGGAGAUUUUCGGCAUGGAGGACGUGAAAAAGGCGCUCCUGCUCCUGCUGGUGGGCGGCGUCUCGCGCAACGUGCGCAACUCGAUGAAGAUCCGCGGCGAGCUCAACGUGUGCCUCAUGGGCGACCCGGGUGUGGCCAAGUCGCAGCUGCUCAAGUACAUUUCGCGGCUGACGCCGCGUGGGGUGUAUACAACAGGCAAGGGCUCGUCCGGCGUCGGUCUCACCGCAGCCGUCAUCCGCGACAAGACAACUGGCGAGGUCUCGUUGGAGGGCGGCGCGUUGGUCCUGGCCGACAUGGGCGUUUGCUGCAUCGAUGAGUUUGACAAGAUGGACGAGUCGGACCGGACGGCCAUCCACGAGGUCAUGGAGCAGCAGACGAUUUCGAUUGCCAAGGCCGGCAUCAUCACUACGCUCAAUGCGCGGACGUCGAUUCUGGCGGCGGCUAACCCGGUGAUGGGCCGGUACAACCGGCGGCUCUCGCCGACGGAGAACAUCAACCUGCCUGCCGCGCUGCUCUCGCGGUUCGACCUUGUCUUCCUCCUCCUCGACACGCCCGACGUCGACAAGGACCAGCUCCUUGCGCAGCACAUUUGCUACGUCCAUCGCGAGGCCAAGGCACCGCCGCUCGACUUUGAGCCGUACGACCCAGCGCUUAUCCGGGCGUACGUGGCGAGGGCGCGCGAGUGCAACCCGGUGGUGCCCGACGACCUUGCGUCGUACGUUGUCUCGACGUACGUUGGCAUGCGCGAGAACGAGGCCCGCCGCAAGGAGCUCCACGGCCACACGUCGGCGCGGACCCUGCUCGGCGUCCUCCGCCUGGCGCAGGCGCUUGCCCGCCUCCGCUUUGCCGACGUCGUGACCAAGCCCGACGUCGAUGAGGCUGUCCGCCUCAUGCACAUGUCGAAGGCCUCGCUCACCUCGGACUCGAGCAGCUCGUCGGGUCUUGACCCCAAGUCAGCCAUCUACACCAUCAUCCGCGACGAGGACGCCCGCCGCGGCCACUCGCAGACGCUCCGCUACGACGACAUCCUCCCGCUCGUCAUCGCCAAGGGCUACACCGCCGCCCUCCUCGACGACGUCAUGGACGAGUACGCCGACAUCGGCGUGUGGACCAUCUCCUCUGAUCGUUCCACCAUCACCUUUGUCUCGUAGACGCAUGAUCGAUGGCUUGUGUGUGGGCGCGUGGGCGCUGCCUGGCACACUGGCCGUGAUAAAUGAAUAUCCAGA